AUGGAUGCGCUGCUGAGCAGUGAGGGGAAAGGCGGCAGGAAACCCAAGUGCUCCCGGUGCAGGAACCACGGGGUGAUCGCUUGGCUGAAGGGACACAAGCGGCUGUGCCCUCACAGAGAGUGUACCUGUGUAAAGUGCAUCCUGAUCUCAGAGAGGCAGCGGGUGAUGGCAGCUCAGGUGGCACUGAAGAGGCAGCAGGCGGCAGAGGAUGCUCUGGCUCUGCGGGACAACCUUCCUCCAAGGCCGGCUUUCCCUGAUGGAACAGGGACAAGAGACAGGGCAGGCAGGGAGUCGAAACGGCCUCAGAAGAACCAGCUGUCAGACCGAUGCGAGGUGAGAGGUUUCACAAACGAAGCCAGAGCAGUUGAAACGGAUGAUUUGGAAAUGCCAGUCCCUUUGUCGGAGAGGUUGGAUUCCAGGCGGUUCCCGCUCACAGCCGGCUUUCAUAGACAGUACAGAGACAACCAGCUCCCGCCGGCCAGGAUGAACCACAUGGAGAUACUGCAGCGACUGUUCCCCUCGGAGAAGCGAUCCGUGUUGGGGUUAGUGCUUCAAGCGUACCACGGGGACGUGCUAAAGACGAUCGAAACCUUCCUGUCGGCUGCUGAAGCUGUGAUGAACAAUCACCUUGUCUCCAGCAUGAGGCAGCUCUGUUCUGCUGGGGCUCUGGGCAAUGGACUGAGCCCUCACCCAGUUAGAGAGGUCUCUCUCGGAGGUAUUAACUCGGCCUUCACUCCUCUGCAAGGCCCGCUCCCUGCUGCCGCCGUCUUGGCUUACCGAAGGUCAGGUUUAUCCACCUCCAUCCACUCCAGAAGUUCGCCCUUAUUUUCUUACCCAUUCAGUGGAGCCGGGUGUUCACCGAUGGGAUUUCUGUUUCCUUAUCGCGCAAUUCCCACUUGUUCCUCCGAGAGAUUCUGCCUGGAAAACCUCGAACUCUGA